CACUGCCCCUCUCUGUGUAGUGUGUGUCUGAGCUCUGCAUUCCCUCCAGCGCAGCACUCUGCAGCAUUGUCAGGCACUCGCUGAACUUCCAACUCCCCUCCUGUCUGGGAUACAGGGGCACCAUGAAGAUGCUGUGGGGAGACCUCCCUCUGACCCUGCUGCACCUCUUCCUUCUAUUAGGAGGUGGCAUAGGACAGCAGGGCCAGGGUCAGAUCCCCAUUAAGGAUGGUAACCAGCCUGGCACUGGAGGUGGUACUGAGAUCAUCUUCCCCCCAUCAGACAGAAAAUCUUCCUAUCAAGAUUGUCCUGUGGAUAUUUUCUUCGUGCUGGACACAUCAGAGAGUGUUGCUCUCCGUGUGAAACCAUUCAAGACUCUUGUGACCCAAGUCAAAGAGUUUACCAAAAGGUUCAUAGAUAAGCUCACUGCAAGGUAUUACCGGUGUGACCGCAACCUUGUAUGGAAUGCAGGAGCUCUGCACUAUAGUGAUGAAAUCAUCUUAAUUAGCUCUCUGCUCAACCUAGAAAAAGACCGUGAUACCUUGAAGAGUAGAGUUGAUACAGUUGAGUACAUAGGCAAAGGUACUCACACUGACUGUGCCAUCAAAAGAGGCAUUGAAGAGAUCUUGAUUGGAGGAUCCCACCAAAGGGAGAACAAAUAUCUAGUUGUGGUGACCGAUGGUCAUCCUUUGGAAGGAUACAAAGAGCCAUGUGGUGGUCUGGAAGAUGCUGCAAAUGAAGCCAGACACCUUGGAAUUAAAGUUUUCUCUGUUGCCAUUUCACCAAACCACCUGGAACCACGUCUCAGUGUUAUAGCCUCUGAUCCAAACUACAGGAGGAACUUCACAGCCACCAGUGCUGCUGGCUUGUCUGAAGUGGAACUAGAAAACACAAUUGAUUCCAUAAUUGACACUAUUAAAGCUAACGGUGAACACGGGUGCUGCUCCUAUGAGUGUCAGCCUCCCCGAGGAAGUUCAGGUCCUCCUGGUCCCCUUGGUUAUGAGGGAGAAACUGGUAAAACUGGACUUCCAGGAGAUCGUGGACCUCCAGGAGACCCUGGCCGCACUGGUGACAUUGGACCUGUAGGAUAUCAGGGAAUGAAGGGUGACCAAGGAACCAGAGGAGAAAAGGGUGCAAGAGGAGCAAAGGGGGCAAAGGGUGACAAAGGCAAAAGAGGAACCGAUGGAAUUGAUGGACAAAAGGGAGAGGAUGGACAGCAUGGAUUCGCUGGUUGCAAAGGAUCACCUGGUUUUGAGGGAGAAUCUGGACCUGCUGGGCCCAAAGGAGAUCCUGGCUCAUAUGGACCAAAAGGAAAUAAGGGUGAAUCUGGACGUCCUGGCACUGCAGGGAAACCUGGUAAUGCUGGUGUCAUAGGAGACAAGGGAGAUCCAGGAGCAGGUGGCCAACCGGGUGAGAAAGGUGAAUCUGGAGAUGAGGGGGAUGCCGGACCUGAUGGGCCAGCAGGUGAACGGGGCGGUCAAGGAGAGCGUGGUCCUCCAGGGCUAUCUGGUGCACGGGGACCCAGAGGAGAUAAGGGAGAUCCCGGCCAAGCAGGAGACCAAGGUCGAGAUGGACCUAUUGGUUCAUCUGGUGAUCCAGGUGAAUCAGGGCCUGGAGGAGCAAAAGGAUACAGAGGGGAUGAAGGACCAAGCGGUCCCGAGGGGCCUAAAGGACCAAGAGGAGCUAAAGGAUUACCCGGAGAGGCAGGAGUGGCAGGCGAUAGGGGUGAAGAUGGCCUCCCAGGAAAUGGAACAGAUGGUUUUCCAGGCUUUCAGGGAUACCCUGGAGCUCGAGGAGAUCGUGGCGUAAACGGAACAAAAGGGUAUCCAGGACCUAAGGGAGAUGAGGGGGAUGCUGGAGACCCUGGUGCGGAUAAUCUUGUACCUGGGGUGGUAGGGCCCAAGGGAGCAAAAGGAUACAGAGGCCAAGAAGGACCACUGGGACCUCCUGGAACUCCAGGACCACCAGGCCCAGAUGAGUGUGAAAUUCUGGACAUCAUCAUGAAAAUGUGUUCUUGCUGUGAAUGCACCUGUGGUCCCAUUGAUGUCCUCUUCGUUGUUGACAGUUCUGAGAGUAUUGGAAGUUCAAAUUUCCAGAUAGCCAAGGAGUUUAUCAUAAAGGUCAUCGAUCGACUGAGCAGAGAUGAACACGUCAAGUUUAACACUGGGGAAUCUCGAGUCGGAGUUGUACAGUACAGUCACGGAAAUACUCAAGAAUCUGUAGCAAUGGGAGACCCCAACAUCAGCACCAUUGGCCAACUGAAGGAGGCAAUUAAGAACUUGGUCUGGAUAGCAGGAGGCACAUGGACAGGGGAGGCACUUGCUUUUACCAAAGAUAAUCUACUGAAACGUUUUGCAUCUGAUAAGAGAGUGGCUCUUGUGUUGACAGAUGGUCACUCUGAUAUCCUGAGAGACAGAACACCACUCAAUACCCUGUGUGAUGUUACUCCGGUGGUUUCUCUUGGAGUAGGAGACAUCUUCCAGUCUCCUCCCAACCCUGACCAAUUGGGUGAUAUUUCUUGCGGUGGAACAACAUAUUCAAAGGGACUAUCUUUACAAAGGACAAGCUAUACAGAGCUGCUGGAAGAUGGUUUCCUACAGAAUGUCACUGCUCAUAUCUGCAAAGAAAAGAAAUGCCCAGAUUACACCUGUGCCAUUAAAUUUGAAGUUCCUUCCGACAUCACUCUUCUUGUGGAUAGUUCUACCAGUGUUGGAAGCAGAAACUUCGAGAUGAGCAAAGGCUUUGUAAGGCGCCUCGCAAAACGCUUCCUAGAAGCGGAAAGUCCAGCAUUUGACUCUGUGCGUCUUUCGGUGGUGCAGUACAGUGGUCAAAAUGAACAACAGGUUGAGGUACAGUUCCUUUCCAACUACACAGAGGUUGUGGAUGCAAUCGAUAAGAUGAAGUUCAUCAACGGUGGUACAGAUGUUGGAGCAGCGCUACGUGCGGCAACAGAUCUUUUCCGUGAGGAUGCAGCACCUGGAUCAAGCAAGAAGCUACUGUUAUUCUCAGAUGGCAACACCCAAGCAGAGGACACUCUUCUAAAGGCUGUGCAAGAUGCUCGAGGUGCAGGCAUUGAGAUCUCAGUAUUGUCAGUAGGAAGUCGCCCACAUGAGGAUAAUCUACGAGUGCUGCUAACUGGUGCUUCUGCAGAUUCUAGAGCUCCCUUCAGUGAAAGAAGCCUGUUCAGAAUCCCUGAUUAUUCCUCUCUACUUAAAGGUGUCUUCUUCAAGACCGUGAGCCGCAGGGUAUCUCUGAAACGCCAGUAAAUUUACAGCCCAACUCUUCCUGACACAAUAGGCCUGAAUUGCCAUUCGGCCAUAUGCGCUGUGAUCCAAGAUAAUAACGAAUGGGUGCAACUUUACAUUCUGGAUUGUAAUCCUAUCACAGACUCUCAUACCUUUUCUCAAAAAUGUAAAUCAUCACAGUUGUGCCACUUUCAAAUUGCUCUUAAUAUUUUAGAUGUAUCUUGCACCAGAGAUAUGGAAUGAAACAGCCACACAUUUUGAAACCCCAGAGAAAUCUUAGGUGCCAUCAAGUUAGAAUUAUAAAACAUCAAUGAUAUUUCAAACUCAUUUCCAUUCCAAUAUUUUAAAAGGUAUGAGAGGUGUGCCGCAAGUGUUAUGUGUGCAAUAUGUCUGCACAAGUAUGUGUGCAGUACAUUGAAUUCUUCACAUGACCAUAAUAUGGCAGCAUUUUAGCAUUCAUAUUACAGUCUUAACAUUUGGACCCCCUACAGUUUUGACCAACUUUAGAUGACUAUAGGUAGGGUUAUAUGGCGAGCCAUGUUUGACUUAGUAGAAUUAGGGGUGUUUGGAGGCUCGAGGCCGUUGUAAGAAAGUUAAAAUGCAGCUAUGUUAUAGAAGCCAUAAACACAGUUAAGCAGUAUGUUGAGGCCAAUGAUGAAAA